GCAAGGGCAAAAGUAGGAUUAAAAACGAGUUUUAUGUUGGAUAGCUAAAAAUAAGUUGAAAACAAAAUAAUGAACAGUCUCCCUAUAGCCCAUCGAAUCCAAGCCCUCUUCUUCAUCUCUUCUGAAUUUCUUUGUUUCUUCUUCUCAGUUGUAAAUAUUUCCGCUUCUUCGAAUUUCUGAAUCUUCAAUAACAAUCGGCAGCUCCCUCACCAGGAAGCACGAGCCUCAAAAUGGACAGCAUUGUAGAUUCCCUAAAUAGUGCAUACCAAGAGUUCGUUGUUGCAGCAGUUAAUGUGCUCGAAUCCAAGGAAACUUCUGGUGGCCAGAAAACAGCAGCCACGGAUGCUGCUCUUGAGAAUUUUAAGCAGAAGUGGGAACUUUUCAGAGUCACUUGUGAUCAAGCAGAGGAGUUUGUGGAGUCUGUGAAGCAAAGGAUUGGCUCAGAGUGCCUGGUGGAUGAGGCAACUGGCUUGGUGGCUGGGAAGUGUGGGCACAGCGCAACUGGUCUGCCACCCAUUAGUGCGGUUCGGUUGGAACAGAUGAGUAAAGCAGUUCGAUGGCUUGUUAUAGAACUUCAACAUGGCUCUGGAACUGCUGCUGGUGCGGCACAUUCUCAUCCGUCAACUCCUUUUGAUGGUAGAUUCUCUGAAGAUUCAGCUCAAUAGGUAUGAAAGUGAUUUGAUUUCUUACCCUGUAUUGAGAGAAGAUGAUAGGAUUCAUUGGAGGCAUUUUUCCGAGCACAAUAUUGACCAUCCCUUCCAAAUGAUAUUGAAUGUAGCUUUUAGGGUUUGCUACUUCCUAAUUUCCUUGUGUAAUUAGGUUCUACCGCAUUGGCUCCUUUAAUAAACUUAGUACUUAAGUAAAGGUGGGGAAGACAUAAGAAUUUGUCGUUGAAAUUUAUGCGUAUCUGAUGUGCAUACAUUAGCUCACCUAAAUCAUCAUGAUAUUUGGUCUCGUUUUUGUAUGUAAACAUGUAGCAUGCAAUGACUCUCUGAAGUAGGUGCCUCACUAUUUAUCGUAUUGGCGGUUGCUGUAGAUCUAUUUCUAUAUCUACACAUCCUGAAAAUUGUUGUUUCUAAAUGAAUCUGUUGUAUAUUUGUGUUUCAAAUUCUUUCAUCAAAGACAAGUGUUGGGCGUACAAUUUUGAAUGGAAAGUCGAUAUUUUUUAUAUCUGGUAUUUCUUAGUCAGUUCAAACCUCUUGUAUGCUUAAAUCUUUCUAUCAAUCCAUUUUCUUUGUUAUGUAUACAAUUGUAAAUGAUUGAGGAUUUCAAAAACAACUAAAACUCGGUUUAUCUUAAAAUGUCUGUUCUUUUGUGCUCUGACGUUUUAGUUGAGUAAUACUAUAUACUAGAAGGUUUGGUACUGUGUGUUUUGUUUUGUGACAUUAGAGCAAAGGAGAACUGAUAUAUUAAAGCUAGCAAGAGACUGUUAUGUCUAUGGGCAUGGCCGUUAGCAAUGCGAAUAUUGUAAUAUAUUAAAGCAAGCUAAGGAAGGCAAGGUUCCGUGUCCAUUGUUUGGAUGAUAUGCAGUGUCAUGAAUUUGGCAGCGAUAUGAGGUUCCUUGUCCACGUUUUUCUGCCUUCUGCUAUUCGGUUGAUAAAGGCUUUCCUCAGAGUCAUAGAGCUGCCAUUUCUUGCCUAAUGUAUUGUUACACACCGACAGUGGGGUAUUUGUUGUGGAGUUUUCUUUUUGUAACAGUUGGGCAAGAGCCGCGAACAGCAACUAAUGGUUUAUUUAUAGCACAUUUUCCCUUU